AUGGGCAAAUAUUUCGCAAGUCAAGUUACAAGGCUCGAGGCAGUCAUACAAAGGGCGAAGUGGGGAUGGGGACUCCAGCAAUUGCGAUUGGAUUUGAUUUGGCCUCCAUGCCGGUCCCCUGAUUUCUUGCCCUUCAAGCAAAUGUGGGCUAAUACAGAUGUUUCUUUGUCAUGGUUGCGCCUGAAAAGUGUGGUCAGUGUCCUUGGCUUCUUCUUAAGUUUGGGGACAUUGUCCAUGUCCAUUCACUUGAGGCUGGAUUUGCUGACCACACUUUCAGCCAAUCGAAAGCACCUGGGAUCAAGGAAGCAAUUUCCAAUUUCCCAUGUUUACUUCCAAACUCCUGCGGUAUUCUGGUGCUUCAUGCACAUCAUGACUGCCUCGUAUUACGACCCCAAGCGUGGUUCGGGGCUCACCAAGGAGAUGCUCAUGGAUGCUUGGAAGGACUUCACUGUCCCUGGUAACUUCGUAUUUCAAUGCCUUCGACAAAUACUCUAA